AUGAAUAUAACUAAACAUGAUGUACAAUGUGUGUGGGGCGGUACUUUAGCUGGUAUUUUGCUCAAAACUACCUCAUCGGAGAAUCGUACAUCAAUUCCAACUACAAAGAUCCUUUGUAUUCAUGGAUGGCUUGACAAUCUCAAUUCACUUUUACCAUUAGCAAAACUUCUCAUUCAUCGACAUCCAAACUAUGAGAUCUACUUGUAUGAUCGAGCUGGUCAUGGAUUUUCGAGUCAUAUUCCACGAGGUUUUGAUUAUUCUGCUAUACACAAUAUGCAAGAUCUUCGCACGGUAGUUCGAAGUCUCGGAUGGAACAAGGGAAAAUUCUCGAUUAUCGGGCACAGCUACGGUGCAACAAUGCCUGUCAUUUACGCAGCUAAUUAUCCGAACGAAGUGUCAUGUAUUGUUGCGAUCGAUGCACUUCCUCGGCCGGAACCAUCAUCAGAAAACCUAUAUGAAAUAUAUGGCGCUCGGCUCGAUAUGAGUUUGGAGUUCCAUCAAAAACCAUCAAGGAAUUUCGAAACCGAUUUGACAUUCGAAAAAGUACUCGAGUUAACGAAAAGUACUAGACCCGGUAUUACAGAUGAAGCUGCCCGAAUUCUUAUAGAACGAUCUGUUCGUAAAGAUACAAAUAACAAACUGCAUUUUACUCGCGAUGAAGCUUUGAAAGUUCUUUCACUUCAAGCAUUUACCGAAAAUAGUGCCAAAGAACUAAUUCAAGCUGCCAAAGCACCUAUUCUAUUUAUCGGGGCUACAAAUCCGCCAUGGCCUCGUUCACAGAAGAUAAUUGACUUAUUUCAACAAUACAAUCCAAUGUUCGAGAUAGUGCUUAUCGAUGGCCCACACCAUUUACAUAUGACACAUGUCCAUGAAGUUGCUGAUCAUAUCGAACGGUAUUUUAAAAAAUAUCUUUAUCAAUUAUCGACAUUGAACAUCGACAAAACAAAACUCGAUAUUCCAUGCAUAUGGGGAGGUACUUUAACUGGUGUUCUAGUUAAAUCUGAUAGUACCGAUAUUCAGGCAAGUGAAGUACCGACAACAAAAAUAAUCGGCAUCCAUGGCUGGCUUGAUAACUUAAAUUCACUAUUACCAUUAACAGAAGAACUUUUAAAUCGGCAUCCAGACUACGAAUUUUAUUUAUACGACCGCGCUGGCCAUGGAUUCUCAAGUCAUAUACCCAAAGGUUUGGAUUAUUCACAAGCGCAUAAUCUACAAGACCUUCGUGCUAUCAUCCAGCAUCUUGGUUGGAAUAAGGAAAAAAUUGUGAUUCUUGGUCAUAGCUAUGGUGCACUUCUCGGAAUAACCUAUGCAGCAAGUUAUCCCAAUGAGAUUGCAUGUCUCAUUGCAAUCGAUGCGAUUCCUCAAAUCAAUAAAGCAAAAGAAAACUUUUUUCGUAUACAAGCCGAUCGUGUCGACAAAAGCUUACAAAAUCAUCAAAAACCACCAAGAAACUUCGAAGUCAAUUUGACAUUUGAAAAAGCAUUCGAGUUAACUAAAAUAACUAGACCUGGUAUAACGGAUGAAGCUGCACGAUUGCUUACCGAACGGUCUAUUCGCACAGAUGCAAAUAACAGAGUGUAUUUUACUCGUGAUGAAGCAUUGAAAAUAUUAUCAUUAGUUCCAUUCUCUUCCGAUAUGGCUCGAGACUCGAUUGAAGGCACAACAGCACCUGUUCUCUUCAUUGGUGCUACGGAACCACAAUGGCCAAGAGCAGAACAUGCAGUCGAAUACUUUAAAGAACGAAAUCCGAACUUCGAAACGAUGUUUAUCGAUGGUCCACAUCAUCUUCAUAUGACACAUGUUCACACAGUCGCCGAACGCACAGAACAAUUUCUCAACAAGCAUUUGUCUCACGCAUCUACGUCGAUUUCAUCUGACAAUCAAAUCUAA